AUGGCGACUCGUAUGCUUCUGUUCCUUGGGCUGGUUUACACUGCAGUGGCCGCCCCUGUAGUCAAUGAAUCCCUCGCACUCCCUUUAGACGACUGCUCUCCAUCAUCACCUACAGGUCUCAAGCCUGAAUGUUGGGCUCGGUUGAAUGUAUCAGACUACAUCACCAAAUGGCUGGCCGAAAACGGUACCAAAGCUAACUGCGACACUUUGGGAUUCGCGCAGUGUUUUUUGACAUUUAACGGUUACGGCGGCCGUACAUGCGACAAACUCACCCGAGACACAUGCGACGCUUUCGAGACUGCCGGUUCCUUCGCGAACUACUCUUCGCCGCAAGAGUUCUAUACGCUCUGGAACAUCUACGCCAUCUAUCAAUUUUUCAACCAAUUCUCCGAGGCCCUCUGGAACGGACAUGCGCUCGCUGCGGACACAGUCCAGGACAUUGUCGCCACUAUAUCCCCAUCUACUGAUCCAGAUGUCCCAAGCAACCUCUUGUGGAUGGUGAUAUCGGGUGGCUUCUGGCUCAUCGCAGCUGGUGGUCUAAACCCACUUCUGGCUACUAUCGCCACGGGAAUGGCCGUUGUCACGGGAAUGAGCUCUUUCUUUCAGACUUCUGUGAAAGGCUCGUCUAAUGCGCGCUUCAUCACCCUGGGUCAGAUCGGGACCAACCUUGCCCAGCUUAUCAUCGAAUACCAAGACAGCCUGGAGAACGCUUUGACGGAACUCCAACGUAAUAGUACCCUCUUCAUUGCUGCAACCGAGCCCGGCGGCUUCAGUCAGCGCGCCGUCACAAGUCUCAACAUUCAGUCCAACUUUCUGUACCGCGAUUUGCAGUUGUUCAUCAUCUCCCUGGCUUUCAAGGCCAACGGAAUCGUCUCGACGCGUUCGACUGGCGUAAACGCACUCGAAUUCGCGCCCAAAACCAACGGCGCCAUUGACUGCCCUGGGCUCGGUCCUGCUGGUAACUGUUAUCAGUGGUGGAUUGACCAGGACACAGGCAACACAUACGCCCUUCACAAUCCCAAAGAGUACAAACACAAUCACGUCGACAUUAUGAAUACCAUUCAUGAUAAGGGCUGGGCCAACCUCAGUGAGAUAUUCAAAGUGGAAGAUUGCACAGGCAAGGAUCCCAGCUUCGACGGGAAAUCCAAGGUGACCUGCCUGGCUUCUCACGGCUUUUGCGAGUACAACUACACCAACUCGGAUUCGGGCCCCAACAUAAGGAUGGCCAACACGCAGUUCACCAACUGCGAAAACGAUGAAAAAUGGGCAAAUCCUUGCAACUGGAUGGACAGUGGUGUUAUUCUCCCUGAGUCUUACCUUGGACCGUUAUUGAUGCGCGAAGAGCCCGCGUGGUGCAGGGAUCACUGA